AUGUUAUCACAUAUGUUAAUAGAUAGGAAAAGUAUUUCGAUUAGUAAAAAUAUUUUACAAAUUUCAGUGAAAGCGUUCAGCUUUUGGCAAUUCGUAUAUCGAGAACGUUUGUCCCAAUCUGGCCCUGGUAACCUCACGUUUUCCAGUGGGGUGACCAGUAGUAACAGUAGCAGUAGUCGUAGCAGCUCUAUUCGAAGUCCGUCAACUACUUCACAAGCAGUAACUCUAGACCAAAGCAUACUGAUCGAUGGAAAACCACCAGUGAUAACAUUUCCGGUUGCUGAUCAGUCAGUUACUGUUGCAGCUAAUCUUACUCAUGAAAGCUGUGAUAGCGAAAGGUCCACACCAAAAGAUGUUAAAAGUAAUAUACUACAACCAUCAAAUAAUUCACAAUCUACACUCGCUACAACUGAUUCCAAUAUUACUUUGUGGCAAUUCCUUCUAGAGUUGCUACUUAAGGGUGAACAUACCGAUCUGAUCCAAUGGACAAAUCAGCAAGGCGAAUUUAAGUUAUUGGACGCAGAAGCGGUUGCACGAUUAUGGGGACAACGUAAAAGUAAACCACAUAUGAAUUAUGAUAAAUUAUCACGUGCAUUGCGAUACUAUUAUGAUAAGAAUAUCAUCAAGAAGGUAAUUGGACAGAAAUUCGUAUAUCGAUUUGUGACAUUUCCUGAAGGAUGUACACCUGAUGCAUUGCAAUGUGCAAUUGCACGAGAUGUUGAUGGUAUUUCAACUGAUUGCACUGCUACUGCGGAUUGUCAUAGCUUAAUGCGAAGUAGCAGCUCACCAGCUGUUCCAUCUUCAGUGAUUCCUGGUUCAACUGUCAUUGAUGCGCAAACCAUGCAAGCCAUUUGUAUUUCCAAUAUGAGUGGAUCACCUUCCGCAAGCACAAAGAAUGCAGAAAGUAAUGGUGGAUUGGAAGUAAGAACAGAUAGAUCAAUGGGUGGAGGCGAUACACCGGGAGUGAGGGCAACAAUGAACACCACAAUAACAGCAGUGGCAGCACCGGAUUUUUCCACGACACCUUCUACCAGUGGGCAAUGUUCAUAUGGUGGUGUAUCGGUAAGUUGUUCUCCACCAUGUGGUUUCCAGAAUCCGAUCAAUGCGAAUGCUGAUGUCGGAGUGAUAUGCAGAAAGAGGAAAACACCGAUGUUCAGUUGUAGCGCUCCUGAAACAACCACCACAGUGACAUCAUCAUCAUCUUCAACACUUCCAUCAUCCAGUAUCCCAUUAUCGAAGUCACUAUCAUAUCCAUCAAAUCCCUCAGCGACAAUAACGGAUGGUCGAAGUGGAACACAUAGUACCCAAAUACCUUCACUGAAACGGGUUAAACCACGUCCACUUAAUCUUUCUGCUACAGCAGCAUUCUCAAAUGGAUCCGAAUUGUCAUCAUCAUCAUCCAAUAAUCUACUGGUACCUUCACCUUUUUUCCUCCACAACAAUACAGGUAAUGCGUACACAAAUACAUCACCUCUGGUCACUCAAUUCAGUCAACUUUAUGCAGCUGCUUCACUUUCUGCUGGUUUAUGUCCAACGAGUCCAUUUACAUCAUUACUUACAACAGCAGCAGUAAGCCCAAUGCUUGGAACUUUAGGAUCACCUAUGACUGCUUCUAAAUUAACUCCAACAACCGCUAGCCUUCAGCAACCAAUCUUUCAAUUUCCACCAAAUCCAUCUCAUAUGGCAGCAAUGGCUACAGCAGCAAUGAUGUCACCAUUAAUGCCAUUUCUUGGUGCUGCUAUGAAUUUAAACGGUAACGGUUGUCCAACUUAUGGCCGCAGCAAUUUUGUAAGCCGUAGUCCCGAAAGUUUAAAAACACCAGUUGUACCGUUUCCAAAAGAUUUCUGA